AGAGAGAGAGAGAGAGAGAGAGUGCGCGAGAUAGGGGCCUGCUCUGCGGGAAAGAAUGUUCGUCGCAUAUUGGAAACCAAUCACCAGAGAAAAGUUAUCUUCACAACACACGCUGCCCAUAUCCGUGCGCGCAUGCGCGCACAUCGACGCGUGCGUCCUCCUCCAAGAGACUCACAGAUCGUGCCCCGGUUUGCGUGCGUCAGGAGGCGGAAAGAGCUCCCCGGACCGGGAUAUGUGGCCCACAACACUCCCCGGUCCAGUGGGCCCGGUCCCCGCCUGCGCCCCGGCUUCGGGCCGUCUAGCCCUCGUCCGCCUUUCCCGCACGCCUCCCCCUGGUGAUGGGGGGCGGCCUUGCCGCGAGGCCGCGCCACAUCUUGGUGCCCCGCGCCUCCCUGGGAAGGGAAAGUGGGAGCCGAUGCGGGCUCCGGGCGACAUCCUCCCCUGAGGCGGGCAGGCGAGGGCUGCCAUUAGGCAACGUUGUGCGAGGCUGGGCAGGGCCAGAUGAAGCGGGGACUGCUAGCUGGCCUCAGCGGGCGGGCAUUCUGCCGCCGCAUUGUCACGGCUGCUGCUGCUGCUGCUGCU